AUGUCUAGGGUGUACAUCGGAAGGCUUCCGUCAAGGUGUAGCGAGAGGGAUAUUGAAAAGUUUUUCAAGGGAUAUGGUCGACUUCGAGAUAUCGUCUUGAAAACCGGUUAUGGAUUUGUGGAGUUCGAGGAGGAAAGAGAUGCUGAGGAUGCCGUCUAUGAUCUUCAUGGUCGCGAGCUCAAAGGAGAACGAAUUAUAGUCGAACAUGCAAGACUCCCCCCAGGCAGGGGAAGUGACAGGAGAAGGGAAUCACGAUAUGGUCCUCCUACACGUACUGAUUAUCGCGUUAUCGUCGAGAACCUUUCGUCGCGCGUCAGCUGGCAGGAUCUUAAAGAUAUGAUGCGCAAAGCUGGUGAAGUAACCUACGCCGACGCUCACAAGCAAGUUCGAAAUGAAGGGAUUGUUGAAUUUGCAAGCUAUGAUGACAUGAAAGCCGCAAUCAACAAAUACGACGGGUACAUGCUCUAUGAACGCCGUUUGAAGGUGUAUGCUGAUAAGCCGCGUCGUCGCUCAAGGUCUCCGUCCGGGAGGAGAAGUCGCAGUCGUCGUAGUUCAAGACGCGGAUCAAGGCGAGGUAGGUCACGCUCCGACAGUCAUCGACGUUCUUCGACGAGACGCUCUCGUUCUGAUCGACAUCGCUCAAGAAGAAGUGGGCGCUCCCGUACUGAUGAGUCAAGAAAAUCUCGGUCUAGAUCCAGGUCCAAUCGUUCUGAUAGAUCUGCAUCACAUCGUAGCAACGGUCAUCGUGGUCGCUCUAGCAGCAGGAAUGGCGGUGAUUCAGCUGUCAAGACUAGAACCCGUUCAACUUCACGGGACCAUCGUUCUAGAUCACCCUCUCAUGAUCGCUCUCGUUCUGCAUCUAGGGAUGGGUCUAGGUCUCCAUCACGUCGUUUGUCUUCACGUCAUGGAGGGUCACGUUCUCCAUCGGUAAGUAAAUCUAGAUCAAGAACACCGGCUGACAGAUCUCGAUCUUUAUCUAAGUCCAGAUCACGCUCUGCUUCCCGAGAUCAUGAGGACGAUUCGCGUCAGGAACCAAUCGAGCGUUCCAUUGAUGAGGAACAGCCAGAAGGCAUGGAAAAUUAA